AUGUUUAUAUUCACAAUUGUUAUUCUUUUUCUUGUGUCUAAUCAUCAUCGUAUCUAUGGACAAGACGAUGGCAAAGGAGCUAAUGCAAAAUCAACAGAAGUUAGUGUUGGAUGUUUUUCUGGUGAUUCGUUAGUUACGUUAGCUAAUGGUGAACGAAAACAAAUUGGUAAUCUUAAAAUUGGUGAUGAAAUUCUUGCUGUUAAUCAAUUGAAAAUUGUUUCCAGUGAAAUGAUUAUUAUGUUGGAUAAAGAAAAAUCAAAACAAGCAAAAUUUUAUACAUUUCUUACUGAUUCUGGUCAUCAAAUUAGUUUAACAGAUCUUCAUUUAAUUCCAAUUAUUUCAUCCGAUGAAAAAAUUGAUUAUAUACCGGCUAAAGAAAUAAAAUUAGGUGAUCGAUUUUAUGUUGUUGUCAAUGGCCAACUAAAACAUUCAUCUGUUAUAAACAUUUCAAUUGAAUUCAAAACAGGAUAUUUUGCUCCGUUAACUAUGACAGGAACUUUAUUGGUAAACGAUGUUUUUGCAAGUUGCUAUGCAUCAGCUAAAAAUCAUCAUUUUGCGCAGAUUUUCAUGGCACCGUUUCGUUGGUAUUAUCAAUUAGCUCGUUUUAUUUCUAUUAACGAUCCAUUUAACAAUACACAAACAGAUGGAAUACAUUGGUUGAUCAAAAUUAUUUAUCAAUCUAUUCGUUAUAUUUUACCUUCGACAUUACAAAGUUUUUAA